AUGCAGCGCACUCGGCUGCAUCUGUCCUCCCAGCAUCUCUGCUCCAGGGCCCAGUCUGGAGGAGCUGGAACUGGUCAACCCCAUAAGGACAUUCCCAGUCAACACACGGGUCCAGGCUGUGUCUCACCCAGAGGAGAGGGGGCUCCCCGUGUUGUCCCACGGCCGACCCAGGCACUGGGAGACACCUGCAACACGAAGACCCUGCUUUCCUGUCCUGUGCAUGGGCCCCGCUGCCCCCUCCUUUACGGGUGUGGAAGGGGCUGGGAAUGUCCGUCCACAUGGCCCCAGCAGCACAGCAGCUCCAGCACCCGGUGGAAAAAGGGCUCAGCUCAGAGGAGGAUUUCAAGCAUUUUCCACUCACUGCCUCAUUUGAGGAGGAGAACGAGGAGGAGGGGUGGGGGCAGAGAGGCAGGAAAUCUCUCGGAGACGCUGAACUACAAACCGGAGGCAAGGAGGGCAGGACGGCACCAGCCCGUCCCACACACCCCGCGCACGCUCAGCCCCGUCCCGCUGCGGUGCUACCGGGGCAAAUGCCAGGAGGAGCAGAACACGCGCGCCGCGCGCUCCCCCCGCCACCAGCCCCGUCAAUGGGCGGCAUUCACGCUCGGGGAUAUUAAUAGCCCGUGGCAGGCUGCUGAGGAGUGGCAGCAAGCCCAAGGGCUCCCCUCCGGCCAGCACGGCUGCCCGCACAAGGAGCGCAGUGUGCGUGUGCCUGUGCACGCGUGUGCACGUGCGUGUGCACGCGGGGGGCUCCCAGCAAGGAGGUUAACAGCGUCUGCGGCCGGCACGCUGUCCGGAGCGAGGAAGAGUCGCCAAGCACAGAAAUGGGAACAGACGGGGAAGAAGAGGAGGACUCGGGCUGGAAACGCCGAGUUGGACGGGGAGCAAGAAAGCAGAAGAAGAGAGGAAAGCAAAGCUCAGUUGGUUAAAGCUCACCGGGAUUUAACAACCCAGCCCAAAAGACAGCCUGCUGCCGGGGAGGGCGAGAGUCAACGCUGCCCCUCGUGAGCACGCCGCUUUUCCCAGCAGCGGCAGAGAGCGGGACCGGGGCUCCAGGCUGGAAGUGUCCGGGGCAGCAGGGCGACUGCCCCGGGAGCGCCUGCAGCCGGGACCGCGAGGAGACGGAGCAGGGCGCUGAAAAAUAAACCCUGACCUGGGAUCCAGGGGGGCUUAAUUAGCAAGGAGGGAGGGACUGUUUAGGGUGGUCCAAAGGGUGUCACUGAGAAGGGAUAGGAAAAAUCAAACAAAGGCCCUUUUAGACCAGCUGAAUACUAGGAAAAAAUGUCAGGAAGGGUCAAUAGCCUGUGGAGCUGUGUCUCCCUCCCAGCAGAGAGGGUGGGAGCCUUGCUGCUUGGGACACUGAAAUCUAAAUUGGCCAAACUUCUGCUAACAGGCUUGAAGAAACAAGCUUGGCCUGGCCUUUACAGGAGACCUUAAAUGGGACCCUGAAGAGCUCUUCUGGUUCUUAACGCAUGUGAUGCUCUGGCAGGCUGAGAACAGGGCUAAGCAGCUGGAUGAGCUAAGCUGCCGGAGGUCAUUCAAAAGCAGUGAAACCCUGGUUAAAUCCUGCACCUACCUGCAGACAGCAGCACGGACACGCAGGCCAGCCCAAGCCACAAACCUGAGGUCAAGCCGUUUUAGGGUAACUAGUUCACGCUGCCCACACUGCAGUCUAGCUCUGCCGCCUGCGCUGCCUCGUCUCCUGCCAGUGCUCGGGACGCUUCCCUCCCCGCGCUGGGUCCAGCAGGAACAUCAGAACAUACCCGGUGUUUUCAGACCUUGCACUGGCUGGGCCACAUCAGUAGCAUCAUGCAGUCUCAUUCUAAGGACAGAUUACACUGACACGAGACAAAAAGAUGAGCGAUAAAACAGCUGCUUUUCCUUUUUUGACUUAAUAAUGAGAACAGAGCAAUGGAAGUCAGGUCCUCACUCUUGGUUUUCAGUUUCUCUUCUCUGCAAAGUGAGGAGAGACAUACUGAACACCUCCACCAUGGUUGUGAGGCUUAGAUAAUAUUUCUAGCAUUUUGAUGUCCCCUGAAAAAGGCUUCUGUAAUCUGGCAUGGGUCUCUUGGACCAGGAUCCACACAUCCCCAGAUUCAACCAUUCCUCCCCACUGCGGAGAGAGGGGACACACAGAUCUGAACACCACACCACUGCACAUGUCUAAUCCCCACCAAAACGGGACAAGCGGGGAGGUGCUCUCCUCUCUGAGGGAACACUUCACACCAACAGGAGGUCCAGAAACAGCUGAUAGGAACUUAUAAAAGCAAAGACAACCUCAGAGAACCUUCCCUGCCAUUCCACAAUCUCUGAUCAAGCCAUCCGAGACCUGCAAAGCCUGCCAGGAGUUAGACCAGGGAGAAAGCUAUGAGCAUGUAUGUUACUGGUAGCAACGUGCAAUAAAGCAUUUAAGAAGUCUCCACGCUGCAACGUCUCUUGUAAUGAAGAAGUGACCCUCCUACACCCCGCACCAACCUACGCUGUUAGCGUUAUCAGGCUAUUUCCGUUCUCCUAGCUGGCUUUUGAAACAUUCCUACACAGGAUUAGCGAGAGAAACAGAUGUCUGGUGAAAAUCUACAGAAUAACGUCCUCCACAGUGCAUCUCAAAGCACUUUCAAAGAGUAACGGCAUUCAAGGCUUCCACUUCCUCUAGGAUUAAGACCACUACUGUCAUCCCCAUCGACUGGGAAGGGAAAGUCGUUAACCAAAGCCCAGCAACAAGUCCAUAGGAGCCGAGGAGGAGCACAGACAGGAUCUGCAGCUCUCUGGCCUGUGUUCUGAGAUCCAUCCAAACCUUCUGCACAAAGCUCUGAUGCUGGGUUGCAGCAGCUUUUACAGAUGACUACAUUCCCCCUUCCAAUCCACUUCAGGAUCGGCACGCAAGCAGGACCACUGCUGCAUCCUGCACACGUAGCCCCACUCUGCAUUUUCCUUGCGGCUCCCACCACGCAACCAGACCAUGAAAGGGCACCCUCUCCUGGCCAAGACACACAACAGUCUGCUCUAAAUAGAAACAAGCUGAACAAGUCAAAACAAGCAAAUCCACUAAAAAAAAGUGAAUCCGUGGGAAAUGCAUCUUCACUCUAUUUGACCACCCAUCCUGAAAAGAAAAGCCAUGCAUCCACAGCAAACACAUCCUGACUGGACCUGAGAUAGUCAUGGGAAUUCCUGAGCUGGCCUUCGUCUGCGCAGGACAUCUAGGUCAACCGCUGUCCCCGCGGUCCCUCAGACGUCUGCGUGUCCCCAGCAAAGCUCCAGCACAGAGCGCGAGACGCAGC